UACACCCAUAGUAAUUUCACACUCUCUCUCUAAACCAAACACACGCACACUCACAAGAUUUGAUCAGGAGUUGCAGACUAUCACAAAGACAGCAGCUACAGACCUGCAGAGAAAACAUAUAUACCUUCAGUCAGUUACAUAACGGUAUUUUUCUUCCCAUUUUGCCCUCCUCUUCUCAUCCAAUUUCCCCUCAACUGUCAUUCAAAUUCUCCACACGAAAAAAAAAAAACCUAACCACCACCACCACUAGAUCCUCAACCAUGAUCACUUGGCACGACCUCUACACCGUCCUCACGGCGGUGAUUCCUCUAUACGUAGCCAUGAUCUUAGCCUACGGUUCAGUCCGGUGGUGGAAGAUCUUCAGCCCCGAUCAGUGUUCCGGCAUCAACCGCUUCGUCGCCAUCUUCGCCGUACCUCUCCUCUCCUUCCACUUCAUCUCCACCAACAAUCCCUACGCCAUGAACUUCCGAUUCAUCGCCGCGGACACUCUCCAGAAGAUGAUAAUCCUCGUAAUGCUCUGCAUAUGGACCAAUUUCUCCAAACACGGAAGCCUCGACUGGAUGAUCACUAUUUUCUCUCUCUCUACUCUUCCCAACACACUCGUCAUGGGAAUCCCUCUUUUAAUCGCCAUGUACGGCGGUUACGCGGGGAAUCUCAUGGUUCAGGUGGUUGUGUUGCAGUGUAUCAUAUGGUACACUUUACUUCUAUUUCUUUUCGAGUAUCGCGGAGCUAAAAUGUUGAUAAUGGAGCAGUUUCCCGAGACCGCCGCGUCUAUUGUCUCGUUUAAAGUCGAGUCCGACGUGGUCUCUCUCGAUGGACACGACUUUCUCGAGACUGACGCGGAAAUCGGGAAUGACGGGAAGCUCCACGUGACGGUGAGGAAGUCGAACGCGUCGAGGCGGUCGCUCGGGCCAGGGUCGUUCUCGGGAUUGACGCCUCGGCCUUCAAACCUCACCGGAGCAGAGAUUUACAGUUUGAGCUCGUCGAGAAACCCAACGCCGAGGGGCUCGAACUUCAACCAUUCCGAUUUCUACUCCAUGAUGGGUUUUCCGGGUGGGAGGUUGUCGAAUUUCGGUCCGGCCGACAUGUACUCGGUCCAGUCCUCGAGAGGUCCGACGCCGAGGCCAUCCAAUUUCGAGGAAGCUGGUUCCCCGAAGUUCGGAUUCUAUCCGACACAGGCAGCGCCGACUUCUUAUCCGGCGCCAAACCCUGAAAUCGUAUCCGGGGUUACGAAAACCGCGAAAGGCCAACAAUUACCACAACCACAGCCACAGCCACAGCCACAGCCACAGCAGCCGCAGCCACAACAGCAAGUUAUAUGUAAGAGCAAAGAAAACCAGGAUGCUAAGGAGCUCCACAUGUUUGUGUGGAGCUCAAGUGCAUCACCUGUAUCUGAAGGAGGAGGUGGGGUCCACGUGUUCGCCGGAGCAGACUUUGGCGGGGCUGAGCAAUCAGGACGGUCCGAUCAUGGUGCCAAGGAAAUCAGGAUGUUGGUUGGUGAUCACCCACAAAAUGGGGAAAACAAAGUUAUUCCGGGAACUGAGGAUUUUGGUGGAGAGGACUUCACCUUUGCUAAAGAUGGAGAUGAGGAGAGAGAAAAGGAGGGACCCAUAGCCGACCUACAGCCUAAUGUUGCCGGAGGUCAAGACUUUGCCGGAAAACAAAUGCCUCCGGCCAGCGUUAUGACCCGUUUGAUCUUAAUCAUGGUUUGGCGUAAGUUAAUCCGAAACCCAAACACCUACUCGAGCCUCAUUGGUGUAAUCUGGUCUCUCAUUGCUUGCCGGUGGCAUGUGGCAAUGCCAAAAAUCCUGGAGAAGUCAAUUUCAAUACUAUCGGACGCAGGUCUAGGAAUGGCCAUGUUCAGCUUAGGUCUGUUUAUGGCUCUUCAACCAAAGAUAAUUGCAUGCGGGAAUUCCGUGGCGGCGUUCGCAAUGGUGGUGAGAUUCCUCACCGGCCCAGCUGCGAUGGCGGCAGCUUCCAUUGCCGUUGGCCUCCGGGGUACCCUCCUCCACAUAGCCAUUGUCCAGGCCGCACUUCCUCAAGGGAUUGUUCCGUUUGUCUUUGCCAAAGAAUAUAAUGUCCAUCCCGCAAUUCUUAGCACCGCGGUUAUCUUUGGAAUGUUGAUUGCAUUGCCCAUUACUCUAGUAUACUACAUUGUUCUCGGAUUGUGAAACCUUUGAAGAAACCCAGAAAAAGGCAAAAUUGAAGAGAUUUGAAGAAAAUUUUCAGUAUUCUUGGGAGCAUUGAUGGGAACGCCAUGAUUUUUUAACUAAAUAUCCAUGGAUUAAUGCAGAGAGAGGUCAUUAAUCUAUGAAGAAUUUAGAUCGUCUCCGAGACCUUUGGAGCCAUGAUUUUGACCAAAUGAAGCCCUAUACGAGGAUCAAGCCAACUUGGCAUUGGACUUGUAUCGAAUUCUUCAAAUCUAGAUGGAAAAGCAAAAUAUAUGUUAGGCGCACAUAAUUAGAACAUGAAAAUAAAUUUGAUUUGUAAAAUCUAUAUUUUGUAUUUUUUUUUUUUUUGGUUCUAAUUCUGUGCACAUAACAUUUUCGUUAUUGUCUAGUGGAAGACAGAGAGAGGAGCCAAGGGAAAAUACUAGUUAACAUUGAUUUGUAUUUCUCUUCGUAAUCUUCAUGAUUGUAAAGUUUCAUUUGAUAAUUCAUCUGCAUCAAUUAGAUUGCUUACAAGACCAA